AUGAACGGAGGAAACCCUCCUCAUAUCAGCUUUGGGACUGAUGCCCUACUGUCGGCAGCGAAAGUGGGUGCUUUGAGUGGUGCUGCGGGUUUGAUCUAUGGAGGGGCAGCCGGAGUCAUCAGAUCACCCAACCCAGUUAUACAUUCGCUGUCCUGCGGUAUCCACUGGGCGGCCUGUGGUUCAACAUUUUGGUGGCUGCGGAGCAACAUAAUCAAACUUCAUUUGCAAGAUCAGGCUUCCCCACAAGAACGCGCCUAUGUUAGCGCUAUAUCGGGUGGAAUCUCCGGCGGAGUUGUCACUCGGUUGAUGGGAGGUCGACUUAUUCCUGGCCUUGUUGUCUUCUCCUUACUCGGGUCCCAGAACCCUUCCAAACCACUGGCGGUGCGCAUGGCCGAAUCCAAGUGGAUUCCCCUGCGGCAUUUGUCCGAUGAAGACUAUCGUGGGAUUCUCAGUGAGAAGCUCCUGAGUAUUGAGGCUGAGAUUGCUUUGCUGGAUGAGAAGAUUGAGGAGCUUGAGAAAAUCCGGCCCGAAUCAACUUCCGCUACCAAAUAA